AUGAAAGCGAGGGCGGAUGGACAAGAGGCAUACAUUAGAUACAACAAGUUAAUAGUAAAUGGUCAUGUGUACUCAAAUGGAAAAUACGACCAGCUGUUAGGCACUACUAUAGUUGCUGGAGAUUUAAACUCUAGGGUAGGACUCAAACCAGACUAUAUAGAUUAUGACACGAAUAUCCCUUUUCUUAAUGACGAUUCAUAUGUGCCAGACGUCCCGUUAAAACGUGUGUCGAUGGACUCAGUCAGUAAUUCGCACGGAUUACAAUUACUUGAUCUUUGCAAAAGCACGGGAAUACGGAUAUGUAACGGUAUAUUAGAACCCAGUGGUACAUACACCUUUUGUUGUGAGCACGGUAGUAGCGUGAUCGAUUACUUGUUAUGUAAGCAAGAAGACUUUUUUCACAUCAACGAUUUUACAGUUGCUGAUUUCAAUGAAUUCUCGGACCAUACGCCGUUAUCAUUCACUUUAUCAUGCGAAAGGUUAAGGGAGCAGACAGAUUUACCUAUAGAUGAACGCACUUAUAUUAGAUGGGAUAGUGCGAGAAGGGAUGAAAUUAGAAGGUUAAUAAUAUCAAAAUUACCAGAGUUUAACCAUGUUUUGAAUAACAGUGAAUCAAUUAAUACAUGUGCUGACGAUUUUGUAAGUCUAAUGAAUGAUGCUGCGUCACCUCUAUUUGCAAAAACAAUUAAAUACAGAGACAAAGUAGCCUUUAAGCCAAAAGUGUCCCCGGUUAAAAUGUCUGAAUGGUUUGACAAGGAAUGUUAUGAGAAGAAAACGGAAUAUAUUGACGCAUUGCGUGCUUUUAAUAUCGUGAAAACUUCCGUAAACAGGCAGUUGUUACAUUCGAAAAAGUGUGAAUAUAAAACAUUUAUAAAAAAGAAAAAAAUGAUGUAUAAAAAACGAAAAAUGAUUGAAAUAGAGAAUUUAAGAACAAAGAAACCGCAGGAGUUUUGGAAGUAUUUCUCGAAGAAAAAUAGUAAAAAGGGAGAAAAUAUUGAUAUUGGAGACUUUUUCAAACAUUUUAAAGCACUGUCCGAAGAAAUUAAUAUUUCAAAUAAUGAGAAUGCAGACGAGUUUUGUGGUAGGAAUUUAGAUCCCAACGACGUUAUCUAUGAACAGUUUGAUGUUAGAAUUAGCCCGGAGGAAAUAGAGAAAGCAAUUAAAUCAUUGAAAAAAGGAAAAGCGGGUUCCAUAGAUAAUCUAAUAAAUGAAUAUUUCAUAGAAGCAGGUGACAUACUACUCGGACAUAUAACGGACUUAUUUAACAAAAUUUUCGAGAGCGGCGAAUUUCCAAACAAAUGGAUGGAAGGUUUGAUAGUAUCCUUGUAUAAAAAGGGCGAUGAACGGGAACCUAGUAAUUAUCGUGGAAUUACGUUGAUUAGUUGUAUAGCAAAAUUGUUUACAUAA